UGACGUAUAACGCUCCAGGCGGCGCGCGCGUGUGUCAUGGCGGCUCACAGUCCAAAUUUCAUACGGCUCCGAUUGUUCUUUGACUACCCGCCGCCGGCUGUGGUCGGGUGCCGGCUGUGCUGGCUGCUCGUGGACCUGAACUCGUGUCGCGUCGUGGCGGACCUGGAGAGCAUCAUCCGGGACAAGUUCGAGUUCAGCCGCGGGAGCAUCCUCAGCCUGUUCGUGGAGGACUGCUACCUGCCGCACACGGAGAGCGUCUUUGUGGUCCGGGACAACGACACCAUCAGGGUGAAGGUGGACUGUCUUACUCUGGUGAACGGGCACAGCAUCUGUCCAGAUGCUGCAGCAGAGACCUGCAGAAAGAGGCAAAGAGCCACAGAGGAGGACGGCUCAGGAGACGAACGUGUGAGCACACACUGUAAGAAGAAGAAGAAGAAGAAAAGAAACGAGAGCUCAGCAGACGGGAGCCAUUUGGUUACAACUGUCAACAAGAACGAGACGCCUCAAGGCAAGAGACGCAAAAAGAAAAAGAAGAAAAAGACGGAGGCUAACAGCCAUGGGGCUAACACCCCUACACCAGCUGCUCCCCCCCACAAGAAGUCUCUUGGCGUCAACAAGGCAACUAAAAGCUUCAAGAACAUCCCAACCACACGGGUUCAAGGACAGAACGCCCCCAUGUCAGUUUCUGUUGGUGUCAGUAAAGAGAACAAAACUUCAGGAAGUAAAUCAACCAGUACGUUGACCUCUACCCCCACUGCUUCCAAGGCAAAGCCCAAACCCACCCAAACCCCUGCCCCUCCCUCAUCCUCAGACACUGACUCCUCCUCAGAUGAGGCUGUUGAAGUCUCACCAAAACCCAACCGUUUAACACCCACCACCACCACCACCUCACCUGAAGCUGCCUCCACCACAAAGUCCACAAACUCCUCCCAGAAACCUACAGACAGAGCAGUCCAGCCCCCAGCUCACACACGAACAGAGCCUCACAAUCAGAAGAACAUGCAGCCACAUAUCAGACAUCAGCAGCACACCCAGAGCACGGCUGGUCUUUGGGGGGGUAUCAGCAGCCGACAGGAUGGAGUUUUGGCUGCUGCUGGUCCUGGAGACAGGUGGAAGUCUAAAGGUGAUGACCAGGGUGAAAGAAGCUGCAGGGAUUUAAAGGAGACUUCCUACCAGACGGAUUCACUGUCCAACGUGUCCAUAGUUGUCCAGAAUGGAGCAGAAAGUGUUGCUCAGAAGGACUACAGCACUAUGCCUCUGUUAGCUGCACCCCCACAGGUGGGCCAGACAAUCGCCUUCAAGCUGCUGGAGUUAACGGAGAACUACACACCAGAAAUAUCUGAAUAUAAGGAGGGAAAGAUUGUCGGUUUUGACCCAACAACUGAACAUCUUGAACUUGAACUUCUCAAUGCUUCUCAAGAAGCUCCUGUAGAACCUGGCAAGUUUGAUCUUGUCUAUCAGAACCCGGAUGGCUCAGAAACAGUUGAAUAUGCCUUGCCCAGAGGAUCAUGGGUGACAGAACGAUGGGCGUCUCUACUGGAACCAAGACUGAUCAUUUAG